GCUGCGCGUCCAAUCAGCGGGAGCUUCGCAGAGUCUUCCAGUUGUAAUUGGACGGGCGGGGGGAAGAGGACUCCGCAGCCUUGGCACAACGUAAACACAUGCCCGUCUCCCUCGCUCCGCAGAGGACGCACCGGAUGGAGAGAGCGGAACACGCCAGAGGACCGCAGAGGCUUUAAAGUUGUUUCUUGUUUGUUUGUUUUUUUUGUUUUUUUUGCCGUGAUAAUAUGCCAUCGCAUUCAAAGGCGUAAAUAUCAGUGAUUGAAGCUACAACUGUGCGGUCGAACAGCUCCUCGGCUGGGCACGGAUCAAAGAAGGUGCUCCUCCACAUCGCCAGGUCUGCGGGAUUACGCGCGGCGCGGAGCUCACGGGACAGAGAAAAAGUUUUUGAAAACUAUCGUUUUGUCGCACAGGAAUGCGUAACGAGGUGCGUUCUGCCACAGGUCUGAACACUGAUUAAAAAAAACAAUCCUCCAUGGAUUGAUUUGAUUUACCACGCGCACAGCAAAUCAGCCCAUGUCAUUAUAGACUGAAUUUAUAUGGAUUAGAAUUAAGUGGGACUUUGAUCCAAUAGAGAAACACACGUCAAGAUAUACACUUUGCGGGAUGGCAACAGCCACCUCAAGUCCAUACUUAGCCAGCAGCAGGAUCUUAUCCGGCCCGGUCCUCCACUCUGACCGGAGGGGUGGUGGCAUGCAGCCGGGGGGCACCGCUGUGACCACGGUUUCCAGUGGAUACAGGGGGGACCCUUCGAUUAAGAUGGUGCAGAGUGACUUCAUGCAGGGGGCCAUGGUGGCGAGCAACGGGGGCCACAUGCUCAGCCACGCUCACCAGUGGGUGACAUCGUUGCCCCACGCAGCCGCCGCAGCAGCCGCAGCCGCAGUGGCAGCUGUCGAGGCCGCCUCCCCGUGGCAGCCCAGCUCCCAGCCGCAGGAGGUGAAGAGGAGCGGCGGCAGGGAGGACCUGCAUUCGGGCACAGCUCUGCACCACAGGUCCCCACAUCUUGGACACCACCAGACGCACCCGGGAAGUUGGGGAGGCUCCUCCGCAGCGCACAUCAGCAUCUCAGAGGGGCAGCAGCAGCAGCAGCAGCAGCAGCAGCCCCUCAUUUACUCCCAGCCAGGUGGGUUUACUGUCAACGGGAUGCUCGGCUCACACGCCGGACAGAGCCUCAUGCACCCGGGGCUGGUGCGCGGCCAGUCCCCGGAGCUGGACCACGGCAGCCAGCAUCAUCACCACCACCACCACAAUCACCACACGCACCUUCACCAGCAUCACGGCGCGAACCACGAGCCGCACUCAGACGAGGACACCCCGACGUCCGACGACUUGGAGCAUUUCGCCAAACAGUUCAAGCAGCGACGCAUCAAGCUCGGUUUCACGCAGGCAGACGUGGGCUUGGCUUUGGGCACCCUGUACGGCAACGUGUUCUCGCAGACCACCAUCUGCAGGUUCGAGGCGCUUCAGCUGAGCUUUAAGAACAUGUGCAAGCUGAAACCUCUGCUCAACAAAUGGCUGGAGGAGGCCGAUUCCACGACCGGGAGCCCGACCAGCAUCGACAAGAUCGCCACCCAGGGCAGGAAGAGGAAAAAGCGCACAUCCAUCGAGGUGAGCGUAAAAGGCGCGCUGGAGAGCCACUUCCUCAAGUGUCCCAAACCCUCCGCGCAGGAGAUCAACUCUCUGGCGGAAAGUCUGCAGCUGGAGAAGGAGGUGGUCAGGGUCUGGUUCUGCAACCGCCGGCAGAAAGAGAAGCGCAUGACGCCACCCGGACUGCCGCGCACACCGGAGGACACGUACUCGCAGGUGGGCAGCAUGGGUCCCGACACACCGUCACCCUCCAUAGACUGCAAGAGGAUGUACAGCGACACGUGAAAGAUAACUUGCACAAAAUGAUGGACAAGAAAUAUGACCAUGGUGUUUGAAUAGAUAUUUAGAGAAAUGUUUCCAUGAACUUUUCCUACAUGUUCCACAAUGACGUCAUCCAACAUGCGCUUAUUUCAGGUCGGCACUUUUCUGCACUAUGAACCGGCCUCUACGACAGAAAAUGCAUUGAGAACAUUUCUUAAAAGUCUUUGAAAUGUGAUUUUCACUGAAAUCAAAACCCCAAAAACAUUUCCAGACACCUUCAAUCUCAAGUGCAAACAGGAAGAAAAGCUCUUUGUGUACGACUGAAAGUUCCUUGUAAUGCUGUGGAGGAUUUGAAUGUCCCACGGGAUGGACUGGGCUGUUUUUUUUUUUGAAAGACUUUGAUUUAGUGGGCUUUGUCCAGCAUUAGGUUGUUUUUAUGAUAAGCAAUAAUUUGACAUCCUUUUGAAGGUGUUUACUCACUUCUGUGUUGUGUCAGUGGAUUUAUGUUGUGACAAAGUUGAAGACGGUCAAAGAGCAGAAAUAAUUCCAGGAUUGAGUUCUCCUUCAUAGGAAACUUUUUUUCUUCUAUUUAGCAAACACACCUUAAGUUAAUGUGCCCCAGUAAGUCUGUUGUGUAUCCCUGUGCGAUGAUUUUGAUUAUUUAUUGUUUUCCACUGUGUUUAUUUUUUAAUGAACAGACCAAUAAUUUAAUAAAUCUGACGAGGGAAAUUGUGUUCAGAUGAUUGAGAUGGUCACACACACACACACACACACACACACACACACACACACACACACACACACACACACACACACACACACACACACACACACACACACACACACACACACACACACACACACACACACACACACACACACACACACACACACACACUAUAAUAUGAGUGCUAAUUUAUAUCAACUUGUGAGUCACACAAAGAAGUCAUGAAGACGUAAGUUGUCAUUGAACAUUUAUGUGAGCUUUAAUUACUUUGAAAUCCCCUGGUAACAAUUCUGAUAAUGGAUCAAUUAUUACUUUUGCUAGUUCCAUGUUCUCAGAUGCAAAAAGAGUUGGUGGAGGAUUUUUAAAAAAGGCAGUUUGACUGUAUCUCCUUGCUCACAAUUAAUUGAGAAAGUGAAUGGCAGAUUCACUGAUACUUAAAAUGCCACUCGUCUCCAAUGUUUACUGUAACAUAAACCAAAAUGAUCCAUCCCGAUCCAACACCAUAUCCCAGUUUUUAUAUCUCCUACUUGUAAAAAGCAAUAUUAACUCUAUUGAAAGUGACUGGGCACAGCACACACGCCCUUUCUAUGAAAUUAAAUGUUACAUUUUUUUCUGUGAUAUACUGCAUAUCAGCCUGGCCACAUACAUCCUGUGGCAGUGCCAUGGACUGCAGCUCUGUGGAACUCAGCCAAGAGAGGUCAGCAAUCCCAGCUGGAAGUUCACCUCGGCAGCGGUUGCCAAGGUGACAGCGAGAUGGAGUGACACCAAAGAUGGAUCUUCUGCCACAGAAGAUGGGUUUGGCUGAUGGGCAGUGGGAAGCUUGGGACGCUGACUCGCAACAAAAUAAAUAAAUCUGUGUUUCUUCUCUCUGA